AUGACGGGAGGAUCGAAAUUCGAGGUCUCAAAAUUUGAUGGUCAUGGCAAUUUUGGAUUAUGGCAGACGAGAGUAAAAGAUUUAUUGGCGCAGCAAGGAAUUCAGAAAAGGCUGCGUGCAGAGAAGCCUAAAGGGAUGAAAGACGAUGAUUGGCAAGAUCUGCAGGAACGGGCAGCCGGGACGAUUCGGAUGUGCCUUGUAGAUGAAGUUAUGUAUCACGUUAUGCAUCUCAAAUUGGCGGAUGAGAUCUGGAAGAAACUGGAAUCGCAGUUUAUAUCGAAAACCCUAACGACAAAACUGUGUCUGAAGCAGAGGUUAUACGGGCUGAAGAUGCAGGAGGGGACCGAUUUAGGGCAACAUGUGAAUAUCUUCAAUCAGGUUGUCACGGAUUUGGCUUCACUCGAAGUCAAGAUUGAAGAUGAAGACAAGGCGAUGAUUUAA